UCGGGGCCGAAACUUGGCGAGCGCAGGGUGAAUCCGCGGCCCAGAGCAGGGGAGCAGGACGUGGGUCUGAGCAGCUCGCGGUGACUUCUGCCUGCGCUCCUGCUCCGAAAGCUCAGUUCCGAGCAGACGGCGACCAUGAAGACACCAUGGAAGGUUCUCCUGGGACUGCUGGGUGCAGCUGCGCUUGUCACCAUCAUCACCGUGCCCGUGGUUCUGCUGAACAAAGGCACCGAUGACGCCGCAGCUGACAGUCGCAAAACUUAUUUGCUAACUGAUUACUUAAAAAAUACUUACCGAGUGAAGGUUUACUCCUUGCGGUGGGUUUCAGAUCAUGAAUAUCUCUACAAACAAGAAGAUAAUAUCUUGCUAUUCAAUGCUGAAAAUGGAAACAACUCCAUUUUCUUGGAGAACCGUACAAUUGAAGAGUUCCCACAUUCCAUUAGUGAUUAUUCAGUAUCUCCUGAUGGGUUGUUCGUUCUCUUAGAAUACAACUAUGUGAAGCAAUGGAGGCAUUCCUACUCAGCUUCAUAUGACAUUUAUGACUUAAGUAAAAGACAGCUGAUUACAGAAGAGAGAAUUCCAAACAAUACACAGUGUAUCACAUGGUCACAAGAAGGUCAUAAAUUGGCAUACGUUUGGAACAAUGAUAUUUAUGUUAAAAUUGAACCAAAUUUACCAAGUCAAAGGAUCACAUGGUCGGGAAAAGAAGAUGUAGUAUUUAAUGGAAUAACUGACUGGGUUUAUGAAGAGGAAGUCUUCGGUUCCUACUCCGCUCUGUGGUGGUCUCCAAACAGUACUUUUUUAGCAUAUGCCCAAUUUAACGACACAGAAGUCCCACUUAUUAAAUACUCCUUCUACUCUGAUGAGUCGUUGCAGUACCCGAAGACGGUGCAGAUUCCAUAUCCAAAGGCAGGAGCCGUGAAUCCAACUGUAAAGUUCUUUAUUGUGAAUAUCGACUCUCUCAACUCCACCACCAGUGCCAUUUCCAUGGAAAUCACUGCUCCUGCUUCUGUGUCAACAGGGGAUCACUACUUGUGUGAAGUCACAUGGGCUACACAAGAAAGAAUUUCCCUGCAGUGGCUCAGGAGGAUUCAGAACUAUUCUGUCAUGGAUAUUUGUGACUAUGAUAAGAACAACCUUAGAUGGAAUUGCAUAUUGGCACAGCAACACACAGAAACAAGUUCUACAGGCUGGGUUGGAAGAUUUAGGCCUUCAGAACCUCAUUUUACCUCUGAUGGCAAUAGCUUCUACAAGAUCAUCAGCAAUGGAGAGGGUUACAAACACAUUUGCCAUUACCAAAUAAACAAGGAAGCCUGCACAUUUAUUACAAAAGGAGCCUGGGAAGUCAUUGGGAUAGAAGCUCUUACCAACGAUUAUCUAUACUACAUUAGUAAUGAAUACAAAGGCAUGCCAGGAGGAAGAAAUCUCUAUAAAAUCCAACUUAAUGACUACACAAAAGUGACAUGCCUUAGUUGUGAGCUGAAUCAAGAAAGGUGUCAGUACUAUUCUGUGUCAUUUAGUAAAAUGGCAAAAUAUUAUCAGCUGAGAUGUUCAGGCCCUGGUCUGCCUCUCUAUACUCUGCAUAGAAGUACAAAUGAUCAAGUACUAAGAGUCCUGGAAGAUAAUUCAGCUUUGGAUAAAAUGCUGCAGGAUGUCCAAAUGCCUUCAAAGAAGCUGGACUUUAUUAUUUUGAAUGAAACAAAAUUUUGGUAUCAGAUGAUCUUGCCUCCUCAUUUUGAUAAAUCCAAGAAAUACCCUCUGCUAUUAGAAGUCUACGCAGGCCCCUGCAGCCAAAAAGCAGAUGCUGUCUUCCGACUCAACUGGGCCACUUACCUUGCCAGUACAGAAAACAUCAUAGUAGCUAGCUUUGACGGCAGGGGAAGUGGUUACCAAGGAGAUAAGAUCAUGCAUGCAAUCAACAGAAGACUGGGAACAUUUGAAGUUGAUGAUCAAAUUGAAGCAGCCAGACAAUUUUCAAAUAUGGGAUUUGUGGACAGCCAGCGAAUUGCAAUUUGGGGCUGGUCAUAUGGAGGGUACGUAACCUCGAUGGUCCUGGGAUCGGGAAGUGGCGUGUUCAAGUGUGGAAUAGCUGUGGCACCUGUGUCUCGGUGGGAGUACUAUGACUCAGUGUACACAGAACGUUACAUGGGCCUCCCAACCCCAGAAGACAACCUUGACCGUUACAGGAAUUCAACAGUCAUGAGCAGAGCUGAAAAUUUUAAACAAGUUGAGUACCUCCUUAUUCAUGGAACAGCAGAUGAUAACGUUCACUUUCAGCAGUCAGCGCAGAUCUCCAAAGCCCUAGUGGAUGCUGGAGUGGACUUCCAGGCAAUGUGGUACACCGAUGAAGACCAUGGAAUUGCUAGCAGCACAGCACACCAGCAUAUAUAUACCCACAUGAGCCAUUUCAUAAAACAGUGCUUCUCUAUACCUUAGCACCUCAAAACAGCAUACCAUUUAUAGUUCAUUAAAAAACAUUUUGUUCUCAUUAUCUCAAAACUGCAAUGUUAAGAUGAUAAUCUUUAAAAAUGCACUAAAAUGAAGAAAAUUAAGGUUACCUUUAUUUCCAAAUUUCAUACUUAUGUUCAUAAGUAAGGACUUCUGUCUUCAUGACAGAUUAUUACCUUACAGAAAUUUGGAUUAUUCAUUCUGGUUUUAUUUAUCACUUAAAAUCAUUUCCAUGUCAGCUGCUGAAACAACAAAUAUAAAUUAUUUUUAUGAGAGCUUUGCAUAGGUCCCCUGGGUAACGUUUUCAUUUUUUUCUGGCUAGUCCAAAUCUUGUUCUUUUUUUUAAAGGGAUGACAAGAUGUGGGCAAUGAUGUCACUAGUGCAGGGACAAGAGUAGAGGGUAUAGGGAAAGGAGCUAGCAGAGCAUGGCUACAAACCCAGGUCCAAGCACGCCAACCCCACAGGAUACUGUCAGCUCCCCUCCGAGAAGAGCUGUUCGCAGCCAGACUGGCACAGUUUCUGAGAAAGACUAUUCAAACAGUCUCAGGAAAUCAUAUAUGCAAAGCACUGACUUCUAAGUAAAACCACAGCAGUUGAAUAGACUCCAAAGAAAUGCAAGGGAAACUGCCAGCAAUGUAAGGCCCCCAGGUGCCAGUUAUGGCUAUAGGUGCUAGGAAAACACAGCAAGGGUGAUGGGAAAGCAUUGUAAAUGUGCUUUUAAAAAAAAGGACUGAUGUUUCCUAGUGAAAAGAGGCAGCUUGGAUCUGAGAUGUGAACACAUCAGCUUGCCCUGUUAAAAGUUGAAAAUAUUUGUAUUUCAAAUUCUAACAUGAAGGAGUUCUUGCAUCAAUUUUUCUUGUUUCAUCUCUUUGAGGAUUUUAAUUGAAAAAAAACUUAAUUUCCUCGGAUUCAUUUUUUUUGAAUGGAAAAUAAACUAGAACAUUUGUGUUAUUAUUAUUUCCAUUCUAUGUGCUGUGGAAUUUCUCCUGGUCAUUUAAUAAAUGUACCUUCAUUUUUCA